AGCGGCGGGCGGGGUCGCGGCGCCGGCGUGCGUGCUGCCGGCGCAGAGCCGGGAGGCCGCGGCUUAGAGUGGGCCUCGCCAGCCAGGUCGCGCUGGGGGCGAGGGGAUCAGGAGUGGAGCUGGGUGGGGUGGUGACUCUGGAGGGCGGAGGAUCCCAAGGAGACAGAGAGGACGAGAGCUAGAGGGAGAUCGGAGAGCGGCGAGAGCGCUACGGAGGGUGGGGUAGGAAAGAGGUACCAGGAGGUGAGACGGUAUGAAACUGGAGCUUGGAGGGGAGCCCGGGGCAGAAACGGGCAUCAUCCCUGAGGAGUAUGUGCUGACGCGGCUAGCAGAGGACCCGACAGAGCCCCGGUACCGUGCCCGUGAGCGGAGAGCCCGCUUCGUGUCCAAGAAUGGCAACUGCAACGUGGCCCACAAGAACAUCCGGGAGCAAGGUCGCUUCUUGCAGGACGUGUUCACCACGCUGGUGGACCUCAAGUGGCCAUACACGCUGCUCAUCUUCACCAUGUCCUUCCUGUGCAGCUGGCUGCUCUUUGCCAUGGUCUGGUGGCUCAUCGCUUUCGCCCACGGUGACCUGGCCCCUGGUGAGGCUGCUGCUGUGCCCUGCAUCACCAGCAUCCACUCCUUUUCAUCUGCCUUCCUUUUCUCCAUUGAGGUACAGGUGACCAUCGGUUUUGGCGGGCGCAUGGUGACCGAGGAGUGCCCUCUGGCCAUCCUGAUCCUCAUUGUGCAGAACAUCGUGGGGCUCAUGAUCAACGCCAUCAUGCUGGGCUGCAUCUUCAUGAAGACUGCCCAGGCCCACCGGCGGGCUGAGACCCUCAUCUUCAGCAAGCAUGCCGUCAUUGCCCUGCGCCACAGCCGCCUCUGCUUCAUGCUGCGCGUGGGCGACCUCCGCAAGAGCAUGAUCAUCAGCGCCACCAUCCACAUGCAGGUGGUGCGCAAGACCACCAGCCCUGAGGGAGAGGUGGUACCCCUCCACCAGUUGGACAUCCCCAUGGAGAAUGGUGUGGGUGGCAAUAACAUCUUCCUGGUGGCUCCCCUCAUCAUCUACCACGUCAUUGACGCCAAGAGCCCGCUCUAUGACCUGGCGCCCUGCGACCUGCACCACCAUCACGACCUUGAGAUCGUUGUCAUCCUGGAAGGUGUGGUGGAAACCACGGGCAUCACCACCCAGGCCCGCACCUCCUACCUGGCCGACGAGAUCCUGUGGGGCCAGCGCUUUGUACCCAUCGUGUCCGAGGAGGAUGGCCGCUACUCUGUGGACUACUCCAAGUUUGGCAACACCAUCAAAGUGCCCACACCGCUCUGCACGGCCCGCCAGCUGGAUGAGGACCCCAGCCUGCUGGAUAUCCUGACCCUCGCCCGCGGGUCCCUGCGCAAGCGCAGCAUGGCCGUGGCCAAGGCCAAGGCCAAGUUCAGCAUCUCUCCAGAUUCCCUGUCCUGAGCCCUGCUCCCUUGGGCCCCCCUCCUCAUGUGUGUGCAGGCCAGUGUGGCAUGGUAUGUAGAGCGGACGUGGUGCGGGCCCCUCGGCCAGGACAGGACCUGUUAAGAGGCUGGGCCCUCCUCAUCUCAGCCUCCCCUCCGGCUGCUCGCCCAGGGUGUUGCAAGGCACUUGUCGCUACUCUAUUUCUGGCCUCAGCAGGAGCCUGUACCGGGUUAUUUUUGUCCCUGCUCCUCCCAGCCCCAACUCAGGACUGGCUUUCCCCCCGACCCCGCCCCAGGCUAGGGGAGCUGUGAGAAGUGUCAGGCCCUAAAGCUGGGACUCCCAUCUAGUCCUUGGCCGCCACGACUGACCGGCUGCAAGCCGGGCGGGUGGCUGGGGAAGAACAGUCCCCAGAUGGGAGACCUGCUGCUCUGUUUCUGUGGCCCUGAGAGAUGCCUGUGGUGAGGCCCCAGCCCCUACUUGGUCUCUGAAAAGGUGAUGGCCAAAAGGGUGGGCCUGGCCUGCUGGAGAGGGCAGGCAAUGAGGGAGCACAGUCUAGCUGGAGGGUUGGAGAUGUGGAGCCUCCCUGGGGCGGGCUUCGCAGAGAGGAAAUGGCACCGGGAGGCUUACCUUGCUGAGCCCUGCCCAGGCACGGGGAAGGGGAGACGGGCCCCUUACCCCUGACCCCAAGGCUUCUUCAAUGGGGGCUCCAGGGGCUGGAGCUGCUGCACCUGCCUGCCCCCAUUCUGUCCCCGGCCCUGGGAGGCUGGCGUGGGCUGGGGCGGACCCUGGCGUGCCAAGCUGAAAGAGGCUGGGGAGAGACUGGGGUCCUGGGCCCACCACGCUUGGCAGGCCUCAGACUGUACUCUGGCCUGGCUCCCCCCCCAGUGGUUGCCACUCACUUUGUCAAGAGGGUGGCCACGGAGGGCCUUUGGGUUGCUAGAAAAGGAGAUGUUGGAAAGCUCAGGAUGGAGGGGGUGGGUGAGGUCCCUGAGGCAAAAAGGCCCUCGGUCCUGGCAGGCUUGACCCCCAAGCCGGACUCUUGGAGCAGUGCUGUGUGUACUUGCCCAGAAUUCUGCCUUCUCCAUUGUCAAUAAAGCCUCCCCCUUCGUGA